UUUUUAGUUGUUUGGGUCGCGCUCAUCGACGGUUAGGACAACAUGUCGAGCAUGAUACGAUGAGUUUAAAUACACGAACUUGAGGUUUUCUGAGGUAAAUAACAUAUCAGUUUAAGUCUGUUAGUGAAAUUAAUACAUUUCCAGUGGUAAAAGUAGCCAUUCUGGUGAAGUAAAAUGGAUAAAAACAGACAUGUCACGAAUUGAAUAUGUAACAUUGAAUGAGAAAGGAAAACCGUGAGAGGAUACAAGUCCAGCUUGCCCAUCAAACCAGCCAAUCACUGAACUCCCAACCUCCAAGCCAACCAAUGGUAAUUUAGGAGGUGGUAGUGAUUUUUUUUUUCUUCUUUUCAUGACAAAAGUUUCUCAUGUUGAUACUCCGGAAGCUGCUCGUCCGACGCCAUUUCCUGUCCAGAGGUCGCUCUGACGUCACCCACCAUAACUAUGACGUCACCCACCAUAAAUAUGACGUCAUCGUGGUUGGUGGCGGCCAUGCUGGCACAGAGGCAGCUGCUGCAGCAACCAGGGUUGGAGCUGAAACACUGCUCAUUACACAGAAAAUCGAAACGAUUGGGGCGCUGUCAUGCAACCCCUCACUAGGAGGGGUAGGAAAAGGGCAGCUGGUGAAGGAGGUGGACGCUCUGGAUGGCCUGAUGGGUCGAGCAGGCGACUACUCUGGCGUUCACUUCUCCAUCCUCAAUCGCAGUAAGGGACCCGCAGUGUGGGGCCCGAGGGCGCAGCUCGAUCGAGGGCGCUACAGGGAGUUCAUACAGUCACAGUUGCUGAACAUGCCUCGACUGACUGUGAUCGAAGGAUCUGUGGAGGAUUUAAUCGUGUCUGCUCCUGAUCCAGAAAUAACAGGCAAACACAGUGUGACCGGAGUUCGUAUGGCUGGUGGCGUUGGGGAUAUACUGGCCAGUUCCAUCGUCAUUACCACCGGCACUUUCCUUUCUGGCUCCCUCUUUAUGGGCCAGACCACCUCUCCAGGAGGGAGGUUGGGUGAACCCCCGUCCUGCACUGGUCUCUCCCACAGUCUGAGAGAAGUUCUCGGUUUGAAACUCGGCCGCCUGAGGACCGGAACACCACCUCGGAUCAUUAAGGACACAGUCGACUUCUCCCUCGCAGAGCUUCACCUACCUGACCCACGACCAACUCCAUUUAGCUUCAUUAACAAGCACACGCACUGCAAGGCUGAGGAUCAGCUGCCAUGUCAUCUGACCUACACGACACCAGGUGUAGAAGAAGUGGUGCGUGAGAGCCUGCAUGUGAACUCGCACAUACAGCAGGACACCAAAGGACCCAGGUACUGUCCUUCCAUCGAAUCACGGGUUCUGCGCUUCCCAGGGCGACAGCAUCAGGUGUGGUUGGAGCCAGAGGGGAUGACCUCUGACCUUGUGUACCCUCAGGGGUUGUCCAUGACGAUGCCCCCUGAGCUGCAGCUUCGACUUCUCCGGGAAAUUCCGGCGUUACAACGGGUGGAGAUUAGAACACCAGGUUACGGGGUGCAGUAUGACUUUGUUUGCCCGAUGCAGCUCUCUCCAUGGCUGCAAGUGAAAUGCUGUCAGGGGCUUUUCCUGGCAGGACAGAUUAAUGGGACGACAGGCUACGAGGAAGCAGCAGCACAGGGUUUGUGGGCAGGUGUUAAUGCUGGAAGGACUGCCCUCUCUCUCCCCCCUCUGUCUCUGUCGCGUACCGAGAGCUACAUCGGGGUGAUGAUUGACGACCUGGUGAGUCGUGGAGUCACCGAACCAUACCGCAUGUUCACAAGCCGUGCCGAGUUCAGGACUUCUCUCAGGCCUGAUAACGCAGACCUGCGCCUCACGCUCAGAGGCUUUGAAGAGGUGGGGUGUGUGUCAUCAGAGCGCUACAGCGAGGCUGUGCGAGUGAGUCAUAGUCUGAGCGAAGCUCUCACCUCCCUGCAGUCCUUCACACUUUCUGCUCCACGCUGGAGAGAAAAACUGCAAUACAAUGGGAUAAGUGAGACCAAAAGCACACUUAUCAGUGGAGAAGAGAUGCUGCAGCAUAAAGAGGUCUCAUUUGAAAUGCUGUCCUCCAUCUUCCCUGAAGUUUUUGCACAAUAUCUAGAAUUUUCCCAGCGGAUUAAAAUUGAAGCUGUGUACCGUCCUCACUGUGAGAAUCAGAAAAGAGAAAUGGAGAGGAUACAGGUGGAGGAGAGCCUCAUGCUGCCUCCAGACCUCGACUACCGCUCACUUCCCGUAUCUCUCUCAGACGAGGUGCGAGAAGUACUAGAUCGAGCACGGCCUGACACUCUGGGAGCAGCAAUUCGUCUACCAGGUGUCACUCCAGCCGCCAUCGUCCACCUCCUCAACUACGUCAGCAAGACAGAGCGUAAAACAGCGAGCAGGAAGACACGGAUGUAAAGACACAAACUGACCAAUAAUACAGUCAACACACAACCUCGUGCAGGAGCAUAACUAGCUUCUAAAGACUGUUACAGUAAAGGACUUCACUUAACACCGUGUGUUAGGAAACAAGUUUGUAUUUUGCAAAAUAGAAAUAAAUCAUCUAAAAAAACA